CAGCCAGCCUUGGCCAAAGGCAGUGAUUAUCAGCCCGAGGGUGAGGUGGGGCAGUGUCCUCCAGCUGAAACAUCCUCAUGCCCCAAGUGUGACCGAGGGGAGCCCCUGACCCAUCCCAAAUCCCUCUGACCCACAGGACUGAAACCCAAACCCAGCCCCGCGACUCCGAGCUGCGCAUUAACUCUGCCAGAGCUGGGAACAAAGGUUUGGGGGCUGGAUUGGGCUUUUUAAAAUUGAUUUGCAAAGCAAACCAGCUCAGCUGAGCGGAACAGGCGUCGGUGGAGGAGUGUGAGCUGCCUCCUGGGUGGUUGCUGGGCUAUAAAAUCCCAUCCCCACCAGCGCUGGCAGGGGGAUGUGCCGGCUCCCCGAGCUCUCGGAGCGUUUCCACGUUGGCCAGGAGAGGUUCUGAACAUGCGUGGUGUUGGUCUCUGGAGGCUUUAAUCAAAUCCAGACUUUACCAGAAAUCGACUCGAAACUUCCAGCAAGCUGAGGAAACUGAAAGCAGCCGGAGCAGGGAGGCUCCCGGGCGGGUGUUUGGGGCUGGCAGGGAUGUUGCCUUCAGCAAGGGGACAGUCCCCGUGAGGCAGCCGGGAUGAGAGCCUACCCAUGAGCUCAGACUUCCAGCAUUACAGUUUCAGGAUGCCGAACAUCGGGUUCCAGAACCUUCCUCUCAACAUAUACAUCGUGGUUUUCGGCACAGCCAUCUUCGUCUUCAUCCUCAGCUUGCUCUUCUGCUGCUACUUGAUCAGGCUCAGGCAUCAGGCACACAAAGAGCUUUAUGCCUACAAACAGGUCAUACUCAAGGAGAAGGUGAAGGAGCUGAACCUCCAUGAGAUCUGUGCCGUGUGCCUGGAGGAGUUCAAGCCCAAGGAUGAGCUGGGGAUCUGUCCCUGCAAACAUGCCUUCCACAGGAAGUGCCUCAUCAAGUGGCUGGAGGUGCGGAAGGUGUGUCCCCUGUGUAACAUGCCGGUGCUGCAGCUGGCGCAGCUGCACGGGAAGCCGGACCCGGGCCCGCCGCAGGGGCCGCUGCCCGGCUCGCAGAACAUCGUAUAGAGCAUCAUCCCUCCCGGGCCGGGCCCGGCCGCGCCCG